UCCAUUCUCAAGAAAAAGCAAUUUCAAGUCCUAAAUAAGAGGAUCUCACGUAGCUCUCAACCAAACAACAAUUAUUUCUAAAAAUGAAACCCAAUUUUUGCAAUGCUAUUGAGAGCAAUCAGAGAUUUUUUGGUUGGUCGUCAUUUUUGGGUAAAACUGCCUUCUCUUCAUCCUAAUCCAUUUUCACUGAUGUCACAUCAUCUCACAAACUGCAUUUCCAUUAGAUUUCCCAGUCAGUUUUUUAACAAAAUUCUCUUUCCCCUUUUUUUUAAUGCGGGUUGUUGUUAUAAUCUCUUCAUGUCAGUCUACUCUCCUGAAAAUGCCUAUAUUUUGACGGCAUCAGCUCUGUGAAUUAAAUUUGUUGAUGAUUUUAAAUCUCUUCAGUUCUUUGUAGAUUGUUAAAAAAAAAUGGAUAUUGAUUCAAAGGACAUUCAAAUUCUUGUGUGGAGAAUUCUUAAUUUUUUUAUGAACAUCUGCUGUAGAUUUGUACAGAACCAUCCUUUUGUUUCAAGUGCACUGUUAUUUUCGUUUGUUGUGUACUUUCUUUUUCCUAAACUUUUCCUUUACUUGCUUUACUCUUCUCCACUUCUUGUCUGCACUGCUGUUUUUAUCAGAUUUUAUUUGCAUUCCCAAUGUUCGAAAACCCAAAGUGAUCUGAGGGAUCAUGCAAUAUCAUCUACAAAAUCCCAGCCUCGGACUGCUGAUCUUGUUCUCAGUGGAGAUGAUAAGUCUUCUACACAAUCUAAAACACUAUCGCAUAAAAAUGUUAAAGAGAAGCGCGAAGAAUUGGAAUCACAAGCAGUUAUGGAGGAAAAGAACAGGGUUUCCUCUAAUGAUGAUUCCAUUGGUAGAGCUGUCGUAAAUGAAGGAAAAUCAAGAGGAAUCACAGAAAAGGAUCAUGAAAAGGUUGUCUCUCGCGAUGCGUCUAUUGGUGAAAAUAUUGCAGCAUUAGGUGAAGCAUCAAACCCUAGUCUCUCAUCCUUGGAUGGCUUGGAAGCGCGGGCUGCGAAAUGUGGUGGUGGUGGUGGUGGCGAGGCAGAGGUGGAAAACUCAAGUUCUGAUGAAGAAGAGACACAAAGAAGCAGGAAUAAACAACCUAUGGAAUGGACUGAAGAUGAUCAACAGAACCUUAUGGAUCUUGGAAUAUCUGAGCUAGAAAGAAACAAGGCAAUGGAAAGCCUAAUUGCGAGACGUAAGGAAAGAAAAUUAUACAAAAUGCGAACGGAUAAAUUCCUAAUUAAUUUAAGCAGAAAUAAAAUUGAAGUGGGUCCAGCUUUAGUUGCAAGAGGCAAUCCUUUUGAUGUUCAUCAUAACCCAGCUGAACGAUUUCCUGGUUCAGCCCCUUCUGUCUUGUUACCAACUCGGAAUCCAUUUGACCUUCCUUAUGAUCCACUUGAAGAAAAACCCGAUCUCUUGGCAGACAGUUUCCAGCAAGAAUUCAUGCCAGCUCACCCCAAAGAUAUGCUCUUUUGCAGGCACGAGAGCUUUAUUUUAGGACCUUCUUUUCCUCUGGAGAGCAAGCACAAUGAUUAUAAUAUUGCAGGAGUUACAAGGUUAAGAAGGCCGCAAGAUACAGGAGAUGAAGACCGGCCAAUAGAUAAUUUAUUAUCCCAAAAUGGAGAAACAUUGCAUCGUACUAUAAGUGUCACUGAUCUUGUGACAGAAGGAGAAGAAGGAGAAGAAGUAGAAGAAGCAGCAGCAGCAGAAGAAGUAGAAGAAGCAGAAGCAGAAGCAGAAGAAGAAGAAGAAGAAGAAGAAGAAGAAGCAGAAGCAGAAGAAGAAAAAGAAGGCAAAUAUUCCAACCAGAUUAGCAACAAACUUGAAGAGGAUGGAGAAGCAUACCACAAUGUGAUGGAAACAAAAGAGAAAAUGACAGAGAAUACUCAUGACAUGGAUUCAAGCUUAGGGAUAGGAAACAACAUGAAAACGAGGACAAAUACCAUCAAUCGCAACAAAAAUAAGUCAAGUUCAUCACCUUUAUCAGGAAAUACUAAAAGCAUUAUCAAGCCAGACAAGCUUGAAAUUCAACCACCAAUAUUUAGAUUUCCCGAUGUGAUGAGUCCUUCACCAAGUUCAGUUCCCUGUCCAAUUCCUAAGGCGAGAUCUGUAAAUGAACUCUCUAAUGCAGUCAGCCCAUCUACAAUUUAUAGAUCAAGACUAGAAAACCAUUUACUUUACACAGAUAACUUGCCUCUGCAUACCCCUACCCAUUCCAUAGCUUCUGACAUGCAAGUGGAGUUCUCAGAAAUUGGUUCACCUCCACUAACAGGUGAUGGAUCUGUUUCCUCUAGAGAUGCAGAUUCUUUGACUUUCGACGGGGACAUAGAGAAGGAUGGCAGUGAAGAAAUCUGGGCAUCGUUACCUUAUGCAUCCACACCACAAGAACGUGAAAUGACAGGAGGCUUUUCAGGUUUCCACAAGGAUCCUGAGGAUCCACUUGCAUCAUCUUCAAGAAUUGAAAUACCGCAGGAGGGUCAUACUCAUUUAAUUAAUUCUAAUCAUAAGAUCUUCAAUGACGUAGAACAAGCAGUUGAAGCAGUAGGGGAACAGAGGCCCUCUAAUGCAGUACAUGCUGUUUCACAAGAAAAAUCAAUGGGUGGAACUUGCUCACUUCUUGAAGGGUAUACGCAGAAUCCACAGGCAUCAUCAAGUCCUCCUGAGAAGUCUGCGGAGGAGCUGAACAUUAUUUAUGAUAUGGAUGUCCCUUUCCAUGCCUUUGAUGAUAUGGAGGGCCCAAAAUCUGUUGAAGACGGGAAUGCUGGAGCUGAAACAUCAGCAGUCGGUGACAUUUCAAAAGUAGAUGAAGUAAUUUAUUCCGAAUCUAGUAAGCGGAGCAAGAGAAAUUCAUUGAAUACGCCUGAGCUGUCUGGAAAGGAGGUAAAUGUUGCUUGUAGCAUGGAUGAGCACCUGUCAGAACCAGACAAGGAAAAUAUUAUAGUAGCAAGCAAGCAUAUUGAGAGUAAGCCAUCAAAAUCUCCUGGGAUGCCUGCAGAGGAAGUUAACAUUCCUUAUAAUAUAGAUGAUUCUUUGGUCCACAUAGAUGUUACUAAACCAGAGAUGAAACCAAGUGAAAAUAGGGAUAGAAUUGAAAAAUGCAUCGAGCAAGAAGUUUUAGUGGACUUGACAAAACAAGCAGAGGAAAGGACUUCAGAAAUUGGCAAGCAUACUGAAAACGAUUCAGAUAAGCCUCCUGAUAAUCAACCCAUCAUUGAGUCCCUAAUGCCGACCGCAGAAGACAAUAAUUCUAAUGAAGGUAAGAUCGACCAGAUACCAUCUAGAGAUGUUAAGAAGGAGCCAAGUGCCGGGGAAGUCCAAGUUUCUGGGGUCAACCAGAGGUUGAAUGAUCCAUCUACAUCAUGGAUGCAGCAAGAAACGACAGUUGAACAAGCUUCUACAGUUUCAAGUUUCUCUUCACCUCUGAAGUCUGUAUUACCAGAAAGGAGUCCUUUAGAUCAAUCACCGUCAGAACUCAAUCGGCACAUACGGACAGAUGUUUCAGAAUCUGAUAUGGAGGAGAUGAUAGUAAGAAAAAGUUUGUUAGAUGAACAAGCCACUGAACAUGUAGCUCAUAGUGCACCACAUAAUGUUCAUCAUGUAACAGAUCAUCCAUUUACCGAGAGCAUGUCCGAAAUAUCUGAGGAAACAUCUGUUUCUCUGAAGAAAUCAACUGAUGAAGCCAGAGAGAUGUUCAAUAUAAGCAAAGCUGUGAUUGGUGAUGGGGACGCGAAGGAAGAUCUAAAAUCUACAAACACCACACAUGGUGAACCGGAGGCAUCAAUCAAUAGCGAAGAUGCUAAAGAGCUUUCAAAAACACCUGUGGAAAAUAUUCCUGAAUUCACUGUAAAAGAAGAGGCUCUUCCACAGAACUGUACACCCAUUAAUGAUGCAGUAGUUGAUGACGUGAUGAGUAAAGAGAAGCUUGAGCUUGCUGCAGACAAAAAGGCUGAUACUACAGAAAUAUCCAAAGCCAUGGAGGAUCCCUCUUCAGGACACAGCAAAGAUACAAAAGCCGAAUCAGGAAAUAUGACUGAGGAUGCAGUUGGCAUUUUCCAUUUGCAGCCAGCAGGGGAGGGCAGCACUUCAAAUGAAAUAAGAAACAUUGAGGAUGUUGCAUCAAGAGAAGGUAAUGAUAAUCCAAAGGUUGUUGAAGUGUCAAAGGUGGACCCACAGAUCUGAUCAAGAUAGAACUGAGGCACCAUGAGAUGAUAUGUACAAUAGACAAGCCUCCAGCCAACAAUUGACAAGUACAACUGAGAAGUUCAGAAAACAGAAGUGAAAACAAAUUUCAUUACUGAAUCAAGUUAAACAUUAGAAGAAAAUUAAAGUUUUAACAUACAAAUAUGAAACUAGUGUACAGAUGCCAAAUUCUUUUUUUUCCCCUCAUAAUUUUUGUAUAAAACAAAGAGAAUGUUUCUGUAUCAUAUCAAUUUUUUG